GACGAGAAAUUUGCGGAAUAUCGCAUUGCGACUAUUCUACGUAUAGUCGCAAUACGAAAAAGUCCGUCGAACGCAGCCAACUUCACGUUGGUUGUACGAAGUUUCAAGUCGAAAUGUCACACUCGAUCCAGUUACAACUUCACAUUUAUCGCAGCGCGAAUAGUCGCAGGGUAUUCAGCGAUAACAUUUUGCGGCAACUUUUAUUGUGGAUACCUAUUCGCAUUGCGAGUAUCCGCACUCAAAAACGGAUAUGCGACGGAUAGUCGACGUACACCUAUUUUACCGCAAAUUUCUCGUCGGGAUUUUGAACAAUAUUUGAAAAUAUGUUUUACGUGAUUUGACUUUGAUUGAACAAAGCCGACUAAAAUACGAUAACACAAUUUGGUGGAAAAAGUCCCGGUUUUGAAAAUCAAUUUUUACUUUCAAUUGAAUCGCGCGCGAUAGUUCAAUCAGCUGUACCAAUCGGACAAAAGACAAAUGUCAUUACUGGCUGCACUGUGUGCAAAAUGCAAAAUGACCGCAGAAUCAAUUUGAAACAGAGAGAGCCGGCGGUUCCACUGAAAUCAUUUUCUCAACUUGUUACAUUGUAGUGACUUUUUUUUACAACAAAAUUUAUUUCGAAUAAAAGUAAAACGACGAAGAAAAAUGGAUCCAUUUGAGGUUACGAUGAAUAAAGCCCUUCAAAAAUUGGCUGCGGAUAUCAUCCCAAGGGAGGAUGCAAAAGUCUGUGCUGAUAAUAUCAUCGAAUUGCUUCAAACAAAAAGUAAAUUUGAUAUUGGUCGUGUUUGCAUUGCCGGUAGCAUCGGUAAAAAACUAACAAUUAUCGGUUCAGAUAUUGAUUUCGUGCUAUUCAUCAAUGACGAACGGCCCAUGUUCGGAGAUGUUUUAGAAGACUUCGACAAUAUUCUUACCAUGACCGAUUCCUUCAACAUUAGAGAUGUGCACGUGACCAAAUAUUCGAUUCAGUUCAAAGCGUUGGGAUUUGAAUUCGAUGUUUUGCCAGCAGCUAAUUUUACCAAAGGUCUUCAGCUUCAAGGUGAUACGUUGAUCGACAUUCAGCAACAACGAGUUUUGGAACAUAUUGCACAGGACCCAAAAAAGUACGGUUACAUGUAUUCCAGUUCGUUGGCAGAAGCAGCAGUACGCUUUAUGAAGCAACAAGAUGGUUUCGUUAACGAAAUGGUGCGCAUUGCAAAAUUUUGGUUUAAAACUUUGCAUCUCAACGAUUUACGUAAUCGGUCAGGUGCAAAAAAUUGUAUUGAACUGAUUGCCGUGUAUGUUGCAAAGCAAGAGGAAAACAUGGAAACCAAGUCUUAUCUAAGAUCUUUCAAACGUUUCAUUGAUUAUUUGAAGAAUUUCGACAAUUUGAAUAUUCAUUUUGAAACGGACGAGCACCGAGUUUUGAACAAAAGUCGGCCACGUGUUAUGGAUCCUGUAAAUCCAUAUAACAAUUUGGCGAAAAACUGGGAUCGACAAUCGAUUCAAUUGGUGAAAGCUUAUGCACAUGAAUCAAAUCGACGUUUAGAGGUUCUUGCCAAUUCACGUGCGGCUCGUUUGGAUCAACUUUUUGAGCCUCAACCGGUAUAUCGUCCAGAUAUGGGUGAAAUGUUCGAAAGGAAUCCAACGAAAAUACAAUGGUUGGUUGGCACUGAAACUUUUUCCAGGCUUCCUGAUUUGAAAGUUCGCAAUGAACGAUUCCACACAGAUCAUAAACUUUGGGGUGGUUUGGAAAAUAUUAAGAAGUAUUUCCAGUUUGCGAUACUUGCAUCAACCGUAUCAAGCUGUGAUGAAAAUGAAAUGAAGGAAGUUGUACUAAAUACGAUUUCAAGACAAAUUUAUAAUAGUAAAGUGACACGGGUUUCAGCUGAGGGAGAAAAACACGAAGACUAUGACGUUACAUUCACAAUUCCAUCGUCGAAUCAAACGGCAAUUCGUAUUAGUUAUCGAUUGUGAACCUGUCUGUUACUUUUUUUCACCUAAUUUCUAAUGAUUUUAAGACAAAACAAUUUGACGUGGUCUUCAGCGAAAACUGUAAUUACUGUUCAAUGGCAGUUCGUGUUGUUUUCGUUUAUAUAUCUGUUAUUCUAUUUUUACCAUAAGAAAGAAAUCAUUUUUUACAUUUAAUGUAACUCAUGAAUCAUUUUCUAAUAGAUGUAUAAGAAAACAAUAACAAUAUUUUAACCAGCUCAACUUUAUCAUCAACGAACUAUCUUUAUUCAAAAGAUAGAAUAUCAGCAAAAAAACGCUUUAGUGCCUAGCAAAUGGAAGCACUUUUUAAGUUAAGAAAACUUUUUGAAGUUUGAUUUUGAUUAAUCCAAGCAUAUUUUCAUACAAUAGUGUAAGCAUUGCAUGUAUUGCAUUUUAUUUCGUACCUAAAUAAAACAAAAAAUAUAAAAA